AGCGGGGACCCGCGGCUGGUACAAAAACCCCACCCCGGGCGCCUCUCGCUCGUGCUCAGCCGGACUCGGAGUGUGCCGCCGCCACCGCCUGCUCGCCUUCUCUCAAGAUGUCUACGGUCCACGAAAUCUUAUCCAAGCUCACCCUUGAGGGAGAUCAUGCUCUCCCUCCAAGUGCCUACGCCACAGUCAAGGCAUACGGGAACUUUGAUGCGGACCGUGAUGCUGCAGCCCUCGAAACCGCAAUCAAGACCAAAGGUGUGGAUGAAGUGACAAUUGUCAACAUCCUGACCAACCGCAGCAAUGAGCAGCGUCAGGACAUCGCCUUCGCUUACCAGAGGAGAACUAAGAAGGUACUGAAGGAGGCCAAAAGCUACACUAUACAGCGAGAGGAGCUCUCUGCAGCUCUGAAGUCUGCUCUGUCUGGGCACCUGGAGACUACUAUCCUAGGUCUGCUGAAGACACCGGCUCAGUAUGAUGCUUCUGAACUGAAAGGGUCCAUGAAGGGUCUGGGAACUGACGAAGACACGCUCAUUGAGAUAAUCUGUUCACGGACAAACCAGGAACUGAACUCAAUCAACAGAGCCUACAGGGAAAUGUACAAGACUGAAUUGGAAAAAGACAUCAUCUCGGAUACAUCUGGCGAUUUCCGCAAGUUGAUGGUGGCUUUAGCCAAGGGAAGGAGAAAUGAGGAUGCUUCCGUGAUUGAUUACGAGCUGAUUGACCAAGAUGCCAGGGACUUGUAUGACGCUGGUGUGAAGAGAAAGGGAACAGACGUGCCCAAGUGGAUCAACAUCAUGACUGAAAGGAGUAUCCCCCACCUCCAGAAAGUGUUUGAAAGGUACAAGAGCUACAGCCCUUAUGAUAUGCUGGAGAGCAUCAAGAAGGAAGUGAAAGGAGACCUGGAAAAUGCCUUCAUUAAUCUUGUCCAAUGCAUUCAGAACAAGCAGCUGUAUUUUGCGGACCGAUUGUACGACUCAAUGAAGGGCAAAGGAACCCGAGACAAGGUCCUCAUCAGAAUUAUGGUCUCCCGCAGCGAGGUGGACAUGCUGAAAAUUAAGAGUGAAUUCAAGAGGAAAUAUGGGAAGUCCCUGUAUUACUUCAUCCAGCAAGACACAAAGGGCGAUUACCAGCGGGCACUCCUGAACCUGUGCGGAGGAGAAGAUUGAAAACUGUGAUGGGAAUGGAAGAGAGUUCCAGCCCCGAGUUAUGCUCCCCCCCUUUCCUUUUAUUCCGCUUCAGCCCCGCCCUGAUCUCCUUUGCAGAACUAGAGCCAUUGGCGCAAUAGCCUUUGCUAACUCGCCUUCCCUAUCCCGUCUACUCCAGGCGGAUGCUGUUGGUUGCCUUUGUAUCAUUCCCUCCCUUGGCUCAGGCUUUGCUUGGCUUUUACCCAAGUAGCUAAUCUCAGCAGAAGUAAUCAGGCCAAAGGAGUUAACAUUCCAAAGAGAGGGAGAAGGA